CCAGCUCGGGGUCAGAGGAGCAGCCUCUCCUGCCGUCUCCUGAGCCCGAUCCUUCUUGGCCAUCACCUCCUCCCUGCCCUAUGGCGGCUCUCACGGACCUCUCCUUUAUGUACCGCUGGUUCAAGAACUGCAACCUUGUCCGAAACCUCUCAGACAAGUAUGUCUUCAUCACAGGCUGUGACUCGGGCUUCGGGAACCAACUGGCCAAGCAGUUGGUUGAUAGAGGCAUGCGGGUGCUGGCUGCUUGUCUCACUGAGGAGGGGGCCCAGAAGCUUCGACAAGACACCUCCUAUCGGCUGCAGACCACCCUCUUGGAUGUCACCAAGAGUGAGAGCGUUCAGGAGGCGGCCCAGUGGGUGAGGGGCCAAGUGGGCGAGCAAGGCCUCUGGGCCCUGGUGAACAAUGCUGGUGUGGGCCUGCCCAGUGGUCCCAAUGAAUGGCUGACCAAAGAGGACUUUGUGAAGGUGAUCAAUGUGAACCUGGUGGGACUGAUUGACGUAACCCUCCACAUGCUACCCAUGGUCAAGAAAGCCCGGGGCAGGGUCGUCAACAUGUCCAGCUCUGGUGGUCGUGUAGCUGCCAUUGGCGGUGGCUACUGUGUCUCCAAGUUUGGUGUUGAGGCCUUCUCUGACAGCAUCAGGCGUGAGCUCCACUACUUUGGGGUGAAAGUCAGCAUCAUUGAGCCGGGGAACUAUCGGACAUCUAUUCUGGGCCAGCAAAGCAUGGAGUUGCACCUGCGGAAGCUGUGGGAUCGGCUGCCUCAGGAGACCCGGGAUAGCUACGGAGAGGAGUACUUCCAAAUCUAUUCUGACAAUCUAACAAACAUGAUGAGGUUGGCAGAGCCAAGAAUCCGAGAUGUCGUCAACAGCAUGGAACACGCCAUUGUUUCCCGGAGCCCACGCAUCCGCUACAACCCUGGCCUGGAUGCCAAGCUCCUCUACCUCCCCUUGGCUAAGUUGCCCACCCCUGUGACAGAUUUCAUCCUGAGCCGGUACCUUCCAAGGCCAGCAGACAGUGUCUGAGCCGGGAAAGCCCAAGGAGUGGUCAUUGGAGUGCAGAGGAGGGGCCUGGGAGAAGGGGCUAUGGGUCACAAGAGGUGGCAUCAGCUAUUCUGGGGACACUUUGCUUGUCUGACACCCAUUGCUGGUGAAUUUAUGAGUAAUUUCUAACAGAAGAUGAAUCCUCUUCCCACUCACUGGGGCAACACAGAAACGUGAGACGCCUUUGUAAGUUCAAAGACCGGCAGCAUGGUCCCAAGAACCUCUGUCACCUGGUCAGUGUGUAGCUUUUCCUGGACCUGGAAAAAUCAAGGCGAGGAUAACUGGUUCCUGCUGCAUCACACACCUCCCUCAGUUGUCACUGCCACUGGGAAAUAUUGUGGCAUAAUCCAGCCCACAGGAGAAUCUCAACCACUUUCUUACUGGGUUUUUAAAUACGCAUUAACUUCUUUCACAUAACCCAUUAUUUAAAGUAUGUAGUAAGGCAGACAAGAUUAAUAAUAGGGAGUACAAGAUUAACCAGGCAAAAGUUUAUAAUAUUUUCUCUCUUUUAAGUUCCUCUAUCCAUAGGUGAUUGGGAUCCACAUGGAAUAAUAUUCAUUUAUUUAAUCAGCAUUAAUUCUUCAAAUAUUUAUUGAGUGCCUACUACAUACCAGGCACUGUGUAGUUGCUGGAAGGUUAUACAAUGAUUAAAUCAUGGUCUUGAUUUGUUUUGUGGUUUUGUUUUUGUUUUUUACCACAGUGUCUAAUAGCAAAGAUGGGACAAAUGGUGAUAAAAUAAAACAUAAAUAAGAAAAUCACCUAAAAAAAAAAAGAAAGAAAAUCACCUAAUUCAGUGUUUCCCAAACUUGGCUAUAUGUCAUAAUCUCCUGGUUAAUUAAAAAUACAGAUUCCUAGGCCUCAACAUUAGAAAAUAUUAUUCCGUAGACUUAGGAUGGGGCCCAGAAAUCUGCAUUUGUAGUACAAACCUAGACGGUUCUGAUGCACCUAGGCACUUGGAAACUGUUGGUAGCCCAGAGAAGUCAUUAAUGUUCAG